AUGGAUUCUUCUCUUCCAGCAAUACAGUACGUCUUGGUGACUGGUGCCACCGGGUUCAUUGGUGCACAUGUUGUCGACCAGCUUCUGUUGCGUGGUAUCAAAGUCCGCGGGGCUACUCGAUCAUUAUCCAAGGGGAAGGCUAUGAUUGAUAUGAGGCCCGAGUUUCGAGAGAAGCUCGAUUUCGUUCAGAUUGACGACUUUGAGAACCCAGGAGGAUUUGUGGAGGCUAUUCAGGACAUUGACGCCGUUAUUCAUGUGGCAAGUCCUUUCACAUAUGACACCAAAGACAACGAGAAAGAGUUGGUUAUACCAGCGAUCAAUGGUGUUGAGUCUAUACUCAAGGCAGCGGCCACGUCGCCGAAAGUAAGGCGCAUCGUCGUCACGUCUUCCUUUGCAUCUGUCCUUGACGCUGGGCGCAAGGCACCACCGUACUUCACUUACACUGGUGAUGACUGGAACCCUCUGUCAUACGAAGAGUCGGUAGACCCUGAAACAAGUGCUGUAAUCGCAUAUCGUGGAUCCAAAAAGUUUGCAGAACUCAAAGCUUGGGACUUCGUCGCUAAAGAGAAGCCCUCCUUCGACCUGGUAACCCUUUGCCCGCCCAUGACGUUUGGUCCAAUACGGCAUCCCGUUGGGAAUGUCGACGCUCUCAAUGAGUCAAACAAGAUGCUCUUCAAAAUAGCCAGCGGCGAAACCCCGCUCCCAGUUGCCCGGGUACCAUUCUGGAUCGACGUUCGCGACCUUGCGAAAGCUCACGUGGAGGCCCUUUUGCGGCCCGAGGCUGGCGGAAAGCGAUAUAUUCCAGCGUCUCCUGGGAGAUUUACAUACAGCAAGGCCGCCAGUAUCAUUGGAUCGCAUUUUGCCUGGGCGGCAGAUAAUGUGUCGAAAGAAGUGCAAGCUCCCGAUGAGUCUCACGGCGUGGAUGGGGAGACGGCUGGUCAGGAAUUAGGUCUCGAUUACAUACCUUUCACAAGGACUGUUAUCGACUUGAUCACGCAGGUAAAGGAUAUGCAAAAUUCAUGA